AACACUAAUACUAUAGAAGUUAAUUCCUUCGUAAAAAGUUUAACUAAAAAUGCUAAUAAAGAAAAAAUUAAAGCAGAUGAAACUGCUAAUUUACCUCUUAAAGAAAAUAUAAUAAACAUUGAUGAUUUAUUAAACAUAUCAGAAAAUAUUAUUGACAAUACUUUUAUUACAUUUGCUGCACCUAUUCUUAACGCUAAGAAAUAA